AUGGUUUUCAAUCAGUACUCUUCGCGUUUAUUGCCUGGUGUCGGGUGCUGUUUUGAUGAUUCUGACAUCUUGGAACCGGAGUGGAAGCAAAACCUAAGUGGUAUUGGACGCAUCUUUGUUGCUGGAACCACGCUCAUUUACAUGGACGAGCGGCAAGAAGUAGAUGGAAGAGAUUCUGAGGUGUGCGCGUUGCUGGACUCCUUGGCUACGAAGUUGGCGUUGACGCGCAAACAUGGGACACAUUUUACGUCAUUUGGUGCAUCACUGAGUAGCUUUCGUGAAGAAUAG